CCCUAGACUAGUGCUCCGUAACCCGAAUUUUAUCAAGGCAUAAUGGACAAGCCCGCCAAUCUUUACACCGCCAAAUCCCCAUACUGACCCGGUACUUUACCGCAUCGUAACAAGUCAUAAGCCCUUUUGCAUUUUACCCUUGAUCAAGUUCGCAUGGGUACAGUUCAAUACGGUUAUCAGAGUUAUCAGAGUUAUCAAAGCUACCAGAGCUACCAGACCUGUCAGAGCUAUCGGAGACGGUAUCAACGCGGCACACGGGGCUCGUAGAGUCCGUCAUAGCACAAUAUGGCCUCUCUCUUAGAGCGAGGAGCGAACCUCAACCCACGAGUCCAGCUUGCAGCCACAGCCAUUGCCUCUGGCGCUGUCGUUGCCACCACGAUUCUAGGCUUCCAAAAACUGCAGAAAGUACGGCGCAUCAGUCAGCUGAAGCGCUCUAUAAACUCGUUGGCCGAGGACGGCGAAGGAAACCUUGACAGCUUUGGCGGUGCAUCCAGUGCCGAUAAAGAAGAUAUUCGAGACGCCAUACUCGCCCGUCGCGCCCAGGCCGGUGACUACGACGAAGAGCUCAUCCUUGAACAACUUGCCCGAAACGCCGUCUUCCUCACCAACGAAGGCCUCGACAAACUACGUGAUGCAUUCGUGAUAGUAGUUGGCUGUGGAGGUGUCGGAUCCCAUUGCACGGCUGCCCUCGCACGAUCGGGUGUUUCACGUAUCCGAUUGAUAGACUUCGACCAAGUGAGCUUGAGCUCUCUCAACAGACACGCCGUCGCUACGCUCGCCGAUGUCGGCAUUCCUAAGGUUCAAUGCUUGCGGCGGCGCUUGCUAGCUAUCGCGCCAUGGGUACACUUUGAUCUACGGCAAGAGAAAUUUUGGGAUGAGGCUGCAGAACGGCUGCUCGCCCCAUGGGAGGAGACAGGCCAAAGGCCUGAUUUCAUAGUCGAUGCCAUCGACAAUAUCGACACCAAGGUCUCACUACUGAAAUUUUGCCAUGACAAUAAGCUACCGGUCAUCUCUGCUAUGGGUGCUGGGUGCAAGAGCGAUCCGACGCGCAUCGUUGUCGGCGACAUUGGGACAAGUACCGAGGAUGGACUGUCGAGAUCCACACGUAGGAGGUUGAAACUUAUGGGUGUCACUAAGGGCAUACCCACGGUCUACUCAACGGAGAAGACUGCCGAAGGAAAGGCAGAGUUGCUGCCUCUACCCGAAGAGGAAUUUAAAAAGGGACAGGUCGGUGACCUGGGUGUUUUGCCUGAUUUUAGAGUUAGGAUAUUACCUGUUCUAGGUACAAUGCCUGCUGUCUUUGGAUAUACCGUUGCAAAUCACGUUAUACUCGCUAUCACAGGAUAUCCACACGACUAUUUACCGGCCAAGGGCCGUGAAAAAAUGUACGACGGCUUGCUCGCCUCAGUGCAGGGAGGUGAAGAAAAAAUGUUGCGGCAUCAAACUGGAGGCGAUGCUAGCAUAUCAGUAGGGUUAAAGACGCCCAUCACAACAGGAGACAUAGCCUUCCUAGCAGAGGAAAUCUACAAGGGUCGUAGUGUGAUCACUGGACUCACAACUCGACUCGUCUUGACUCGGUGGCGAAAGCCCACUGAACCCAUUUUGAUCAAGAUCGGGAAGGGCCACAACAAGCAAAAAUCGUCGAAUUUGAAGCUAUAUGACCUCGUUCUGAUGACAAAGGAAGAGGGCUCGCGACAUGACAAAUUGAUCCUUCGCGGCGAUAAGCAGCCAGAGGAUGUGUAUGAUCCCGAGGUAGUGGCAAAGGUCGAGGCAACACUCAAAGAGAUAGCUCUCUAUGAAAAAUAUAGGUAGGUAGAUAUACAUGGACUACCUUUUCAAGUCGUUACAGUAUGCGCGCGGGCGGGCCUUGACUUAA